GCCGGGAAUUUUGGGCGCCAUUUUGAUGUGUGGCUUCUGAGAGAAAGUGUGGGAACUGAUGUUCUUCUGUUUUGUUUUCUUGUCGGCCGGAUACGACGAAGCCUUGUGUUACGAGUGAAUCAAAUUACUCGUAUAUAUCUUCGAAUAAGAAAACUACUUUGGCCCAGCUGUUCGUCGCUAUGAGUUGUGACGAGAGGAAUAACAAACGACGAAAGAAGCGCUCGAAGCAGAGUUCUGAAACGAACUCUCACGUCGUUGAUCCAAACUCAGUUGAAAAUCGAGAGGGAGAACAAAAGGUUCACACUUGUGUUGAUGAUGCUACAUUGAAGCUGCUCAAAGCUGAACUUGCACCUAAAGCUGGAACUCCAUAUAUAGAUAGUGAACGAUGUCUUCUUUGUGAGAAAGAACGCUAUGAGAGAAGCAAGAAAGGAGAACUGCUUAAAUCCACAACUCAAGGAUCCAAUUCUAAUGGAUCUUCUGUGUCACAGACUCCGCUGUGGGUUUGUCCAGACUGUAGAAGGAACAUUGAAGAGGAAGAACGUAGGGCAGCAAUGGAGCCUUCAAUACCAGAUCAGGACUGGAAGCAAGCACCAACCUUGAAUCUCACUCUUUCAAUCACAACCAAACCUUGUGAACAACUAGCAAAGUGCAGUUGCCAGAACUAUGACAGAGGUUCUGUGAAGCAAGAUGUAAUAACUGAUGUGGCUAAGGAGAAGGAGAGGCAGCAGCUUUGGUGUUGUUGGGGUGAGGUUCGGAACAUUGUCCGAUGUAUUUACAGAGAAGCUGGAACAUCUUUAGCGGAUGAGGAGGAAACAGUGAAGAAUUCUCUAGAUGAAAACAGACUCAAAAGCAAAGUAGAAAAGUUACUAAAGAGUGACCCAGCUCAGUUGUUUGAAAAGCUUGAAAUUCAAGCAAGGGAAUAUGUACGAGAAGUAAAAGUACGCCUUGUUAAAUACCUGACAUCGUGCCCCCUGUCCCCAAACCAUGCCAAGGAAUUUUUUACUAUGUUACUGGAUGAAUAUCAAGCACUUUCAAAGGCGUUUGACAUUCUUAGACCGUUUUUCAGCAAACUGGAUUUUGACCAUCUAAGAGAGUUUGGUUUGAGCUGGGACCUCCUUCACAAGCACUUAUUUUACACUGAAAUAUACCGAGAUCCAGCUGUUUAUAACAAUCUUCCUGGGCUUAUUACGCAGCUGAGAUUGGGUGCUGUUGCAAGAGAGAACUUCCACCAAGACACAUUCCCAAACUUACUUCACAGGUACCUAAAUUUUACAGACGAUCUCACGGAGAUUGAGUUUUCGUGGAAAGAAAGUGAGCGAGCUUUCAAAUUGUAUAAAGAGAAACAGGCAAAACUACGAGAAAAAAGUGGAAUAGCAAAAGUGGAAUGGGAGGAUGAUUCAACAGGAGUGGAGUGGAAAAAUAAGAUAGGACAGGUGUUAAAAAAUCCUGCGUCUCAGAAGUGUCAGUGUGGUCACUGCAAUGUUCCAUCGUCACCCUUGAACUCACCAGUACCCAUGCUACCACCUUUCAAAUCAGCGACUUCGCACACAAAAGUCUGCAGCCAUGCCUCUGCGGCACCCACUCAGAACACAGCUGGUAAGGCUCAGUGGACGAACCCAGUACCAAACUUCAAUCCUCACCUGCUAAUGUGUAAUGACCUCCAUGGGAUACCACCCGCGCUGCUGCCGCCUCCUCUGAUGAUGAAUGGCCUGGGAAGUGCUUGUCACUGCCCAGUUUGUAGCAGUACUACUGGGUAUAGGGAUGGAGGAAAGACCACGGAGCAGCCUCCAAGUGGUAAGAUGGCCGACUGUCAGUGUAGCAAGUGCCCUUUUCAUGGUGCGAAGGAUCAGGAAACAAGACUAAAGGCUGAAAACAAGAACUUCACCACCCACCCCUCCCCUGCAAUUCACACUCCCCCUCCUAACAACAACCAUAUUCACAGCAAUCAUCUUCAUCCACACCACAUCAUACCCCCUCCCCCAACAUCCCUGCACUGCUCCUUAGAGGGCCCUCCUCCGGAUCUCCAUAGCUUCUUCCUGGACAGCAGCCUCAAGCACGUCAAUUAUAAUGGUUACCAUAACAACUUAGAUGGUUGUACUGAAAUUGAUGAUGAGGAUAACAGUUUGAGUGACAGCAACAGUGAUUACGAUGAUGAGGAUGAUGAAGACGACGACGAUGAUGAUGACGCAAGCAGUUGUUCUCCACGGAGAACAAGCCAGUCUUCAGACAUCGAUGGUUUGGGACUUGAUGUACCCCCCGGGUCCCCCUCUAGUGUGCGAAGCAGUGGAGACGGCAGCUCAUGUGACACGCCACCUGUCAAUCAAUGUUCGUCAUCAACGGAGGACGGUCGGACGGACCGAGGCAAAUACUGUGACUGUUGUUACUGUGAAUUCUUCGGACACGCUGCGCCUCCUGUGGCACCAACCAGUCAUAACUACACUGAGAUGCGCGACAAGUUAAGACUUCGACUCAACAAACGGCAGCCUCAUCAGCCGGUACAGGAGAAGAAAAAGUCGUCUGCAAAUGCAACUGUGGUUGAUCACCGCUCAGUGGAUGACCUUCUGACGUUCAUUAACGGGCAAAAGAUGGAGGAAGAAAGACUGGCUACAAAGUCAAAGGCACAGAAAAGAGCGCGACAAAAACAAAAGAAGGCCGCUGAGAAGGCUAAACAGACUACGACCUCUAAAACUCUAACUGAAAACAAAAUUGCUUCUUCCUCCUCCAAUGGUUGUGAGAAGGUCAAUGGGGUUCAUCACAAUGGUACCAGCGAUGUACUAAGAAACAGACAGCUGUCAGAAGAGAGACGAAAACACGAAAUACCAAAUACAAACAACGUCAAAGAACGUAUAGACGGCAAAUCAGGUCAGCGGAGGAAGGCAGAGGAACAAAAGCACAAACAAGCGGAGGUCCCAGACGAGGUCUGCAAGUCACGCAAGAAGCAAAAUCAUGCACAUGAAGACGUCAUGGUGUCACGCCAGGUAUCUAAAGUGGAGUGUAACGGCAAGGAAAAUAAUUUCAGCUCGCGAAGGAAGACUGAGGAAAAGUCGGAGAAAAAGCGGCAGGAAUCUGUGUCUCCUGAUCCUCCUGCUCCGGUGUGUAAUCACAAAGAAGAAGGGCAAGAUAAAAGUGACAACAGCUGCCGGUUACCCCAGAAGAAACAGGGAAAGAAGAAGAAGAAGGUCUCAUUAGAUGACGUUUUCUUGCCGCGUGAAGACAUCGAGACUGACAAGCUCACCCAGAUGGAUGAAGCCGAGCGAGAACUCGAGGAGUUUAAAAGAUUUUGCAUGAAUCUUACACCCGUGGAGAGAAGAGAGCGUAUCCCCGUGAAUGUUAACCUCAAGGGCCUCCUGAGCGGCAAGAAAAAUGGUUCCUCAUAGGUGACGUUUCCUAUCUGCUGCUGCAGCCCCUGACCGACGCGGCCCUUCGUCCUCGUUAGUUCUGUUGCGUCGAGGUAGCCUGUAAAUUGGUUGUGCCGGUUUAUCCGGAGUAGUAAGACAGAGGAAGGGAUUCCUCGAUGCGAUCCGUUUUUUUCAUUUCAAUUUAAUCGAAUGCACAGAGAAUUAUAUUGCCAAAUAAAAUAUCUAUUUAGUUUCGUGAA